GGUGUUGAGGUUUUGGCUGAAGAUGUUCGUUUUCAACAUAGAUAGAUCUCAACAGUCUUUCCCUCGAACCAGGCACUGCCAUCUAUUCCUACAUAUGUCUAUAUUUGUGUACCCAAUUGCACAUUCUAGCACCAAUCGUACGCACAUCCAAUUUGAGGGCCGUAGAAAGAUCCCGCUAGGUCUUUCCAGUUCAAGAUGUACAGAUCCUUUGAAGAAUACCACCAGCGCACUCUUGUCCAGUAGACCAGAUCGGUAAUCUUGGCUUGGAAACAAGAUGUUCAUCCUCGAGAAGUCCACCCAGGCCACACGUUCACCAAGAACCAAAGAGAUAAUCAAAUGAUUCGAUAGAAACAUUUAUUCGUUGAUUGGUAUUGGGCACUUGAACGGAAGAAAUUUUGCAUCCCAGAACCGUGUGCCAAACAAACGUAACGACGACUGGCGCUUUCUUGUUGGCAGCGGCAGAAGUUUGCCUCGAUUUGAUACAGCAUAUUGACCUCUCGUUUGCAUGAGCAAUCAUCACCCAUCGUAAUGACUACAUGUAGUUCUCCGAUCAAACGUGGUAUGCAGGUGCCGAUUCCGCAGUAAACGGCGGUGUGGAGACCCGCCGAAGGACAGAGGGAGGGUCGCAUCAGAGCAUCAUCAGUCUGCGAUUCAAGCGUGGAAGCUUCAAUGGCCAUCAGAAGAUGCUACAGAUCGGAGCAGGAGCUCGGGAGAUUAGUGACCUAAUUCGUGUAAGACUCUUCCGAAUUUCAAAUUUCAAAUUCCGGACGCGUGCGACAUGAAUGCGGACGCCCUGCAAGUUCUGCGCUCCCUCGGUUGCAUUUAUGUCUCACGACAAGAUGUCCAGAUGCCACACUCAGAACACCUUCUUCUGUUUAGACCGAAUCAUUUCAAUGCGCUUUGUUUGAAUGUUCCUCCACACCGCACCUUCAGAAUGUUGUCGAGCAGAGGUUUCAACAACAGCCUCAGUCGGGAGGGGGUUCCGCUCUGAAAGCAAAGAUGGACCGACCACCUCAAAUCUGCCAUGGAUGACACAACGAUUCUGAAUAAGACGGGUGCGGACCUCACGGUGAUAUCGGUCAGAUUGGAUAUUCUGGACCCGAAUUCCACCGAUCCAAUACGUGAACAAGCAGCAGGAUCAGGGUUCGGUAGAAGAAAAAGGGGCUUUAAGAGGUCAUGACAUACAAAAAGCUGAGCAACAUGUUUGCGAGAUAGAUAUUUCUCACAUCUCCUCCACUCUUUUCAUCCGGGAAAAGGGCUCGCGACAGUGAGGUACAAUGCGCAAGUUACGGAAACCAUUAGUCCCUCGUAUCACUACAAUGGUACAAAAUGGCCUUGCUCCAUCCAAGCCCACCGUGCAUCCUCGAGCGAUUUGGUACAAUCUCUUUCCCUUUCCAAAAUCUGAAAGAUUUUUCCAAACUGCUCUUGUUGUUACUUUCUGUUUGUAUUAUCAUCGCUGCCGAUUAAAGAGAAUUCUUAUGCAUGUUUCGAAUAAAAAGUUAGGGUGACCCGGUAAAAUCACGAAUAAAGAAUUGGAAGAAUCCAUCACAUCGUUCGAGGAUGAAACCAAGCGGGUAUCAUGAGGUUGCUUCAGGUGCACACCUAAUUUGUACCCAAAGGGAUGUUAGGUAUCACGUCCUAGAAUAUUUCAGUUUGCUGUAGGAAUUUUCUUUUAGUGUUCGCAUGAGGAGAACGGAAUCUUGAAUGCAAAAGCACCGCCAUCUCCGAUUUUCUCCGACUUUGUAAAGGAAUAUGUACUUCAUAGUACGGGAAAACUAUAGAGAUCGCAGAAACAUUUGAGGAAAAGGCAGAUGAUGGCAGAGAGAGAUUGAUAAUCUAGAAUCGGAUUAUUUCUUGCCUCUGAAGUUUCAUGAUCUACCGUGCCGAGCUGAUGCGUGUUGCGGAGGGAGCGAGCGAGGAGGAGGCUCUUUUUCUCUUUUCUCUGCGGCCUAGAUUCUCAAGAGCCGAGCCCCACAAGAUUUGGCGACAGUCAGUUGAGGCUUUCCAGCUGUAGGCUCGCUUUCUUCUCUGUGUCGUGUAGCAUUUGACCAACAUUCCACCAGAACGAUGAGGAUGAGCGAGCGAGCGAGCGAGCGGAUCUCGAUCUGCUCUGCUUAUCCGAUAUCAUUUGGACCCCAACUUCGCAAAAGGCUGGUCGACCAAUUCUGGACGACAGUAAGCAGUCAAGCCUCACAACAAAUCCCCGACGUCACUCGGCCCCGGCCCCGUGCGCGAGCCAACUUUCCAUCGUGGAGACCUCUCCGAAUCAUUGUCUUACCACUCGCUCCUUUCGAGCUCCCUCUACGUCCCCAUCCACAUUUCGAGCACUUUGUUUGGUUCUCCAUCCUUUUAUUUCGUGAAUUUUCCCAGGGCCUGCUUUGAACCUGGCAGCUGUGGAUUUGGUCAAUCGAGAGCACUACACCAAUAUUGACGCAUUGGCUGAUAGCUUCAAAAAAUGAUCGCAUGUCCAGUUAACUUUAUGAAGGAAAAUGGGUAAUACCUCAAGUAACACGUCACGUGUUAAAUAGUUUUUGGCGAUGUCUUCAUAUGCGGU